AUGGGUGUCCUAAAAUGCAAUUCAGUCAAGCUUCCUUCUGGGGCGAAGAUGUUUUACCGUGAGACAACGCCUGAGAAAGAGACAGAUUCCCCAGUCAUACUCCUCCUCCAUGGCUUUCCCUCGUCGUCUCACCAAUUCCGGAAUUUGAUUCCCCUUCUUGCGAAAACAUAUCGUGUAAUUGCUCCAGAUUUACCAGGUUUCGGAUUCACCGAAGUGCCACCGGACUUUGUCUAUACCUUCAGCAGCCUGACAGAUACAAUUGAGCAAUUCGUGGAUGAGCUCUGUUUACUGAAAUUCUCCAUUUACAUCUUUGACUACGGUGCGCCCGUCGGCCUGAGGCUGGCACUUCGUCGGCCAGAGGCAGUUCAAGCUAUCAUCUCUCAGAAUGGAAACGCCUAUGAGGAUGGGCUUGGUGAUGUAUGGGAUCCUAUCAAGGAUUUCUGGGCUAGUGGGAAUACCACAGAUGAUCGACAAAAGCUUUCUGCCACGAUGCUCAGUUUUGAAAUGACUAAAUUCCAAUAUGAAAACGGUACGCCAGAUAUCGGGGCCAUCGCGCCAGAAUCAUAUCAUCUCGACUAUGCUCUCAUGCAGCGUCCAGGUAAUAAGGAGAUUCAAAUUGAUCUUUUGAAGGAUUAUGAAAGCAAUAUACCAUUCUAUCCCAAAUUCCACCGCUACUUUCAAAAGAGCCAGGUGCCUCUUCUUGCAAUCUGGGGUCAGAAUGACGUGUUCUUCAUUCCCGCCGGAGCCAAUGCAUUCAAAAAAGAUUUGCCAAACGCUGAGGUUAAGCUUAUUGAUGCUGGCCACUUUGCUGUGGAGAGCCAUACCGAUCUGAUUGCUUCUCAUAUGCUGGUUUUCUUGAAUAAGCAUAUACUUCAGUGA